CACCAAGCUACUCUUGCCCACUUUCCUUGGAACACCUGAAAGUGGCAGUGGGCCUACAUGACCGCCGUUUCACCCAGAGAGUCCAGAGCUGCUCUCAGCCCUGAAAAUGGACUUGCUGAGCCCACCAUGGACCUAAACAACGAGGAGUCCCAGGAGGCGGAAGUGACCCUCAAAAACGAACCGGAGAAGAGCCUAACUCAAGACGCGGGUAACUCCGAAAGCAAUUACGAGACCGCCGCUUCUGAAAUCUCCCUGAAGAAGGAUCCCGGAACAUUCGUGAAGCCCCACGCUUCUGCCUCUGAGAACCAUGAGAUUAAAGGCGCUAGAAACCAGCGCUCCGGAGGGACCUUGGCCGCUCUGACCUUUCAGACUGACCCGGGUGGGGCUCGGGCCGCCAUGAGCGUCCACACCUCGGGAGCGGGAGCCGCCCCGAUGGCCCAGGACCCGAAAGGAGCUCCGGGGAAAGACCAGAGCGCCGAGGCCGAGGCGGUCCCAAGCAACGAGCUGGAAAUGACUCGGACCAUCCUGAGUUUUGAGGCCGGAACGACCGAAAAGACCUCCGAGACCAGGGCGGCCAUGAGCAUUGAGACCGUGACGUACGCGCCCACCCAGACCCCCCUGACAUUAGAGAGGGGCACGAGAGGCGGCUCCGAGGAUCCAACGACGCGGGCGUCGAUCACCUACACGGUGAGCCGGACGCCGCCGGGCCCGGGGCCUAACAGGCCGGGCCCGGAUCACGUCGGCGGGGCGGGGGCCGGGACCCCCGAUUCCAGCCCGCUCCUCGUGAGCGGGGAAGGCACCUACCUGCGUUCCGUGACCAGCCUGUUGGGAGGGGGCGAGGGGCCCAUCCGCUCCCUGUCGGACAUCCUGGUGUGGACGGAGACGGCUGUGGAUCGGGCCACGGGGUUCCUGGAGGCCAGCCGGACCUCUGUGAGCGACCUGCUGCACGGGACGGGCACCGCUCUGCGCUCCGUGACCAGCCUCCUGGGGGAUGCCAGCUCGGCCUUCACCUCGGGGCUGGUCAACGGGACGGGGAGGGCACUGCGCUCCAUGACCCAGCUGCUGGACCACAUUGAGCAGAGGACCAUGGAGGGGAUCCGCAGUGCCUUACGCUACGUAACCGAUUCUCUUUCCCCAUCCAACACCCCCGGGGCUGCUGACACCAACUAAACCCGCCCUACCCGGGGCCCGGGCUAGGAUCCCAGAGCGACUCACCCUCCACUCUCAAACCACCACCGCCACUACCACCGCCGCUCUGGCCAGCUUCGCCUCUGAUCAGGCAAUAAAUCCCCA